AUGCUGGCGGCACCGCCCAUUGCCAUUCUCGACACACUCAGCGCAGUGGACGAUGCCAUCGACCACAACGCCGACCUGGCAGACGCUAUCUUCCAGCUUGGACUGGCGUCGUUCGGGCUGAAUGAGAUUCCGCCCAACGACGACCCGGAAUGGGACUGGCACGGCAAGGCCAAGGCCAACGAUAUCUCCAAGGCACAUUCCACAAUUCGUCAAUUCUACAGGGACUGGUCUGGGGAAGGCUUCACGCUCGAGGUGAAGCCGUUGCUCGACACAAUCCUAUCAGAUCUUGAGAGCCAUCUCCCUGAGGUCGAGGAGAACAGAGGAUCCCCAUCUCUCUUACUCCCCGGCGCCGGACUGGCACGCUUACUCUUAGAACUCUGCCUGCGCGGCUAUAACGUGACGGGCAACGAAAUUUCCUAUCAUCAACUGCUAGCAAGCAACUUCAUCCUCAACUGCACACAACAUGCAGACCAGUACGCUAUUUACCCCUUUGCACACACAUUUACCAACGUCGUGUCGCGAAAGAACCAACUGAGACGCCACACUAUCCCGGACGUGCACCCCGGCAUUGCGCUCUCAACAAGACUAGCGGCUGGCGAGCCGGUCGGCGAGAUGAACAUGACAGCCGGCGACUUUGUGCUUUCCUACUCGACACCCGAAUGCACGGAAAUGUUCGACGGCGUGGUAAGUGUCUUCUUCAUCGACACGGCGCCCAACCUGAUCCGCUAUAUUGAGACUGUGAGGAAUUGUUUGAAGAAAGGCGGUGUAUGGGUCAACAUCGGUCCUCUCCUGUGGCAUUUCGACGAUCGAGCCCCCACCGGUGAAUGUGACAAGGACGACGCCGACGAAAGCAAGGACAAGACUGUCAGUGCCCAUGACCACAUCGAAUCUACCCAUCCGCACGAUCAUCUCCCAGGCUCUCAUCAUUCGCACGACCGCUCCUCUGAAAGACAGGGCUCUGUCCACCAUCCAACCCAUUCCCACAAUGAUGGCCUAAGACAGGGACGCCGACCUGACGUUGCCAUUGAAGACAAAGGUAUCGCGGAGCCCGGCUCCUUUGAGCUUUCCGACGAAGAGGUUCUUCAACUAGUAUCGCAGCUAGGCUUUGAGAUCACCCACCAUGGGAUCCUCGACGACGACGAUGACUGUGGUGAUCACCCAAACGCUCCUCCUGGCUCGGUGCGUGGGCUCGGCGUGGGCCUGGGCUAUAUGCAAGAUCCCACGAGCUUGCUGCAAAACCGGUAUCGAUGUAGCCACUGGGUGGCCAAGAAGACGUGA